UUCAGCUGAGAAUAAAAGACCCUCAGCUCAAACAGCAGAGUCGUGCAAAAAGCUGCAGAGAUGACCGGCGCUGCCUUCCUCCUGCUGCUCAUCCUGACUGAUGGCGGUUCCUGCAAAGUGUGCAGCUAUCAGGAUGUUCUGGACUACCUGAACCUGACAGCGGACAACAGCGUGUUUAAACUGACCCGGCCCGUUCGGGACCACACAAACAUCACUGUGGUGAAGCUGGACAUCAUCGUUUAUGCCAUCCUGGCGGUGGUUGAAAAAACACAAACCUUUGUUCCUUUCAUCUGGGCGUCAAUGCAGUGGAACAACGAGUUCAUCUCAUGGGACCCGGCUCAGUUUUGUGGAAUCACUCAGAUUUCGGUUCCUAAAGAUCUGCUCUGGAAACCAGAUCUCUUCAUCUACGAGAUGAUAGAGAAGGACGACUCGCGUCAGAAUCUGAACAUAUUGGUGAAUUUUGAUGGCACCAUCAUUGCUGGUGACGACAUUCGUGUUGUCAGCACCUGCAAGAUGGACGUCCACAGGUUUCCCUUUGACACUCAAGAAUGCAGCAUAUCGAUUGGGUCUGCAGUGUACUGCGAGAAGGAAAUGCGAAUUCUUCCCUCUUCGAACUCGACUCGGGUUACUCAGUUUUCACAGCAGAUCAUGAAGACGCAGGGAGAGUGGGAGUUCCUGCGUCUGUCUGUCAACAACUCCCUUCUUACCUACGAGAAUAGAAGCUGGGACAUGCUCAUAUAUACAAUCACCAUAAAGAGAAGGCCCCUCCUCCAUGUCAUCAAUUUCCUGUUGCCCAUCCUGUUCUUCCUCUCCCUGGAUCUCGCUUCCUUCUUUAUCUCGGACCAUCGAGGGGAGAAACUGGGCUUCAAAGUCACGGUUCUGCUGGCCAUCUCUGUCCUCCUGGUCAUCCUUAAUGACAUCCUGCCUGCCAUGUCCAACAGGACUCCACUGAUAGCAACCUACUGCAUUGUGAUUUUUGCUCUGAUGCUGCUGAGUCUUUUGGAGACGAUCCUAGUCACGUAUCUGAUUGAAAAAGAUGAAUUCAGCCUGCAGGAAAACCAGGAGAGCAAGCAAAAAAAUACCAAAACUAAGAAUUGUGAUAAAGAAGGUGAGGAGAAUACCAUCUGUGAAAGCAUCUGCAGAGAUGCAGGAAAGGAAAAGCAGCAUGAAUUACUUGAAGAGGUGAACAGCACUCUUCUGUCAGGAGAAUCUCAUGUGCUGCUGUUGAUCCUGGAUGAGCUGAAGAAGCUGCAGAAAGCUGUUUUCAUCCAUCUUGGCUACAGAGAAGAAAAAGUAAAGUUGGUGUCUUGGGCAAAAAGAAUCAACAGAUCUUUCUUCAUUUGCUACACCGUCACAGUUUUCCUCUUUCUCUACUUUAUGUUCAGAGAAUGGAAGUCAUAGAAACAUAAGCUAAUGUGUUCAAGUAUAGUUGAAUUCUGUGCUGUAGAUCAGACUUGUUGAUAUUAACAUGUGAAAGUUGUCCAGUUUUUCACCAUUUUUGGCAGCUGUUUUGUACAUGCAGCCUGCUUUGUUUCGGCCAGAAGACACAAAGCAGACUUCAUUAAAUACAUGCACAGAGGCACCUUUAAUUCAGCAGAUGUCAGCAGACCUGCUGAAUUAAAGCAGAUGCGCUUUCAUUGAUCAAAGAAAAAGAAAUACAUUUUUCCCAGAGAAAGCUCCAGCUCCUUGAAGAUCGCAGGACUCUUGAUAAAGGGAAGUAUUUGACUU